UGUCAAACAACAACACCUUGUGCAACCGCAAAACCACCGUCGCUAAAGUGGUUUUCCGCCGAAUUACCACAAACCUCCACUGCCAAUUGAUUCCACAAAGUCACAAACAAAGCGAUAGAAGAAGAAGAAGAAAAAAAAAAGAGUAGAGCAGAAAAAUGCCCAAGCGUAAACGCGACGACGUCCCUCUGGACGCCCUCGUCCCCCGACUCCGCACCGACAUCUUCCACGCGCUCAAACAGGCCAAGGGCUUCGAGCGCCAGAGGCAAUCCAAGCGCCUCGCCGACCCGAAGACGCCCGCUGAGAAGAAGGCUCGCAUCGAGAACGAGAUUGUGGUCCUCAAAUCCCUCGACUUGCAUCACACGGCCCACGCGCACCUCUGCACGUCGCUGCUCAAGAUCAAGGCCAUCGCCGAGCACUCGGACAAGCUGCCGGAGGAGAUCCGGGCGGGUGUGCCCAAGCCGGACGUGACCGAGGAGGAGAGGGUCGCGCUGCACAACGUGACCAGCUCCCUGUACAACCGGGUCGAGGUGAAGCGGGCGGUCGAGAAGGCCAUUGAGGCCGUCUGUAGAGGCAUCGGGGUGCCCGUACCGGAGAAGAAGGGGAAGGGGAAGAAGGGGAGGGAAGAGAAAACGGAAGACAAGACCGACGGGACUAGGACUGAUGGUGCGGUAAAGAAGAAGGAGAAAAAGAAGGCUGAACAAGCCGGGGAGAGGGAAGGGCGCGAAGAACGGGACAAGCAGUCGGGAAAGACGGAAAAGGAAAAGGGUCAGAAGAAGGCUGAUGGAGUUGAUCAGGACGGCGACAAUGACGUGGACGAGGAGGAGGAAGAGAAGGCGGUCUCUCAGCUGGACAAGAUGCUAGGCUUGGAUUCUGGCGAGGAGAGCGGUGACGAAGAGGAAGAUGAUGUGCUGGUGAAAGGCCGGACGAGAAAACCGUCUGGCAAAGAGCUCGAUCCGAUGGAGAUCACAACCGACGAGGACGGCAGCGACGAGGAGGAUUUGGAUCCUAUGGAGGUCACCUCUGACGAGGAAGGGGGCAGCGGCAGCGGCAGCGGAGACGAGUUUGACGGCUUCAGCGAUGAUGCGGAGGGCCCGCAGAGCUCGGCCAGCGACGACGAGGGCGUCUCGGAGGCCGAGAGCUCUACUUCGUCAGAAUCCCGCUCCCCCCCGCCAAAGAAGGCGAAGAAGGCGAAGGGUGCUCUCAAACCGACAGAUUCUACAUUUCUCCCUACGCUCAUGGGCGGCUAUAUAUCCGGCUCCGAAUCAGCAUCCGAUAUCGACGUGGCCCCGAAACGCAAGAACCGCCGGGGCCAGCGGGCGAGACAGGCCAUUUGGGAGAAGAAGUAUGGCGACAAGGCAAGGCACUUGCAAAAGGCGGCCAAGGGUCGCGACGCAGGUUGGGAUCCCAAGCGGGGUGCCGUCAAUGGGGAAUCGAAGCCGUGGAAACGAGGUAUCCGCAAUCCUCUCCUGGAUAAGGACAAGGCCAAGGCAUCGGGGACAAACGAGACAAAGCAGACCAACGAGAAGAAGCAAGCGGACAAUGAGAAGAAGCAGCCAACCGACGAGAAGAAGAAGAAGCCGGCUCCGAGGAAGCGGGACGACACGGGGCCUCUUCACCCGAGCUGGGAGGCAAAACGAAAGGCCAAGGAGAAACAACAGCUUAGUGCUCCGUUUCAGGGGAAGAAGAUCGUCUUUGAUUGAGCUAGAGGGUGGAUUAAUAAUAAAGCAGCAAUCUCUGGGGAGGGAGGGGGGUAUAUGCCCUCAACCAACGAAGCCAUCCUUCCGUGCAACUCCAACGCCCGUAAUCCUCUUGGUAUUCCUAGUGACCACCCUGCUCGAAUGCCUUUCAGGAGAGUUUGGCAACGUGAG